AUGCAUGGAGAGCGCACCUUUGCGGAGAGAGCGAAGCUUGCAGUGAAGGUGCAUCACUUUGGUAGUGGACAGAGCCAAGAAAAGGCUGCCGAAGUUGCAGUGGAAGCAUUGGAUUCCAGCGACAAUGGUUUAUUGGAUUUGGAAGAUCUUUUUAAGUUAAUGGAAGAAAAUGAUGAAAAAGAGAAGUUGAAAGAUUUGAGACAAGCUUUUGGGAUGCAUGAUGAAGAUGGAUGUGGGUUCAUUACACCUAAAGGACUCAAGAAAAUGUUGAAAAACCUUGGGGAAUCAAAGUCCAUUGAUGAAUGCAAGGUUAUGAUCAAACAUUUUGACAUCAAUGGUGAUGGUGUUUUAAGCUUUGAGGAAUUCAGAGUUAUGAUGAAGUGA